GAGGCGAGGCGGCGAGAUGGAGCCGGCGCUCGGAGCCCACGAGCUGCUGCACGUUUUCUCCUUCCUGGAGGCCCGAGACCUGCUCUGCGCCGCGCAGGUGGACAAGAUGUGGAAUGAAGUUGCAAGGACGGAGGAACUAUGGAGGCAGCUGUGUUGCAGACGCUGGUCAUCCUUCAAGGCCUCUGGGAUAGUUCCAGGCACACAAACAUGGAAAGAGUAUUAUCUCUGCCGAUCCGAGCUGGAAUUCCGAAUGGAGUCUGGGCGGCCAGGGAAGGACUUCGUCUGCACAGCACUUGCUGGCCACAUAGGAUCUAUAGAUGGCCUGGCCUACAUCUCAACCAAUGAGUGCCGAUUUGAUGGGAGGGAGAAGUCUGUGGUUUGCUCUGUGUCCUCAGACUCCACUGUUCGUGCCUGGGAUUUACGUGAGGGCAAGGAGAUCUGGUGCAGCCCUUGUCAGCCCACUGCUCUGGUGAAUUUGGUAACUUACCCUCAGCUGCAGCUGGUUGUCACGGUGGACGAGCAGGGAUUGAUUAAAGCCUGGGAAGCGGAGACAGGGCGGGAGCGGGCCUCCUUCUGUCUGCCCACCUCUUCUUCUGCGCUGGAGGCCUGCAACCAUCCAGAAGGCCCCUUCCUGCUGGCAGCCUGUGCUGAGGGGAACCUCUACACUCUGAUGCUGCCUCAACUGCAGCUGGUCUCCAGCGUGACUGCAUUUCCCAACAGUCCCGUGCAGCUCCUGUGCUCUCCUGACUGCCAGUGGGUGUUUGCAUCAACCCAGAAUUCAGACCUUGACCCGAAGGUGUUCCACACAGCCUCUCUGCUGUACCCAUUGGACGAUGAGACUCCCGUCUUUACCACCUUCUCCAGCUGCGUGAGACCCCAAGCCUGCUGGGCUCCUGCUGAAGCGGCCAGGUUGAUUGUCAUGCACCCAGAUGGCAAUAGCAUGCAGCUGGUUAUCACCACCUAUGAGCUAAGGGCCAAGAAGUGCAAGAAAAAAGUGGACAUUGUGGUACAACAGAUUGCCAGUUUCCUGCUGCCAGAUACCAUAAAGCCUCCGAACCUCAUGAAGAGCCAUGGCUCUCAGGUGCUGCUGCUGGUCUCGGGACUGCAGCUGGUGCUGUUCACCAUCCACGGCCUGCAGCUGGCAGCCUUCCAGGACCACCAGAGGCCCAUCACGUCUGUGUGGGUGGACCCAAGCCGAGUAAUCACCUCAUCGCUUGAUCUCUCUUUGCGCGUCUAUGUGUGGAAUAAGGAGAAGAAGUUCCCAGUCCUCAAGAGCUGUUAUCACUUGCUUGGGGGAUCUCACAGAUGGGCCAGUGGGUAUAUGCAUGUGGAAAGUGACAGCAGGAGUAUCGUAGGCGUAGAAGCCAGAAGCGUUGGAACAAGUGUUCUGAGGUCCUUCUGCUUCAGAGUGGAGCGUGGCUGAGAUGACUGCACCACAUCCAAGAUAUUUUCACUUUGGUAAAGAGCUUGUAGACAUACAAAGACUGAAUGGGUUAUGGCAUCAGUACUGGGAAAGGAAUUAGAAAUGCCUAGAUGUCGACUGUGUCCCAGGCACUGGCAAUGGCUUUACUCUUGAAUUCUGUCAGCAAGCCAGUGAAACAGGUGCUAUUAUUCCUGCUUUUUCCACAAGGAACAGGAAACACAGAAUGAGAGAAGUAGCCUGUUAGUAGCCCAUCUGCCAGCUGCUGAGCAUCUUGCACAAGACCAUGCAGACAGUAAGAGACAGAGAAUGGGUAACUUUAAGUCUGUGGGUACUGAAAAGUGCACAUUUAAUGUACUGGGAUUAUAAUGUUUUUUUGUUGUUGUUGUCAAAUUA